AGCCUCCUCUCGCGAAACUCUCAGAACUCUCAGGCUGCCGCGAGAAGAUGGAGGUUUGAAUCCUUCCUGCCCGGCGUCCGUUGUUUUUGGGGUUUUUCGAAGCGCUGUCUUUGUGGCCUAAAGGAAGCCCAAGGCAUUGGGUUUCCAUCCACGUUCAACUCCGAAAACUAUGCGCAAAACCAUACGUCACAGUACUUUUGUUUGUGGCAGAUACUUUUGAAGCUUACUAGCAGACUGUCAGUUUACAUCUGACGUCAUGGAUUGUGGACAUCAAUUUGUUGAAACUCUAAAGAGGAUAGGAUAUCCCAAAGUGAAUUCUCUUAAUGGUGAAGACUUUGAUUGGUUAUUUGAAACUUUGGAAGAUAAGUCAUUUCUGGAGUGGUUUUGUACAACUGUUAAUGAGCAUCAUGUGGUAUCGGAGGAAGAACUGCAGUCCUUUGCUAUUCUCAAGUCAUCAAAGCCAAUAUUAGAAGAAGAGGCUCUAGAUGAAGCUCUCAAGACGUGCAAAUCUGUGGAAUUAAACACCAAUAAAUGUGAGGAGGAAGACGAGGAAACAAACCUUAAAGUCUUGGAGGAUGAAUUUCUGAGUCUUCAAAAGAUUAAACAGCUAAAGAUUAACCGUCGCAACAAGCUUCAAACAGUGGCUUCAAGCAAUAGUCUGAUGUCUCUGAAACUUAAAGGGACAGAAGAAGAAAUGCCUAAAAAUAUGAAAAAGGACCAGGGGGCUUUCAUUGCCCUAAAUGCAAAGAUAAAUAAUAAAUUGCAGUCUGUUUCUGAAGGAGUGGCGAAACUGUCUUCUUUCCUUACAGCUACACCCGGACAACAGGAACUAGUCGCUCAUUCUGUAUUGCUAGCUCAACAUGAUUUGGAUAAAUACUUUCAUCAGGAGGAAGAGAGCACCACAUCUCUUACUCUCUAUACAAAAAAGCAGUUUUUCCAUGGCAUAGCUGAGUUGGUUGAAAGUUCUAAUGAAGAACAUUUCCAGCUUCUAGACAUAAGGAAUUCCUCCACUUGUGAGGAGAGUAGUGAUGUAUUGGAGGAAAGAACAGAGCUGACCAGGCUGCAGAUGGCAUAUAUUUGUGCUGAGCAUCAACUGAUUCAACAGAAGGCUAAAAAUCUAAGCUUGAAAGCAGGGCUUCAGUGGGCAAAAGAAAAUAUUUCUUCUUUAAAGAGGAUUAUUGGAAAAGAAAAAGUUGAACCUAGAAUUUCUAGGCUGAACAAUGAAAUUUCAAAAAUUAAAAAACACUUGUCUCAGAUAAACAGUGAAAAGUUGCCUUUGCUGAUAAAGGAGGAUGCAGAGUUAUUGAAUAUGCCCGUGGUUAGAGGUGAUUUUGAUCUACAGAUUGCUCGACAGGAAUACUAUAUAUCAAGACAAGAUCAAAUAUGUCACCAGCUGAUGAAACAGAAAUCAUCAUUUGAAUUUCUUCAACUGGCUUAUGAAAUUGAAUUGAGAAAACUUAGGGAUUAUAGCCGUCUGCUUGAAAAUAUGGUUCAUGAUCUGAAACGGAGCAGUGAUACUUUGGCCCAGACGCUAGACACAAUGUCUGAACCAUCUAUAUCCCAUCAUAAAAUCCUAAGGAGUACUAUUGAUUUGAGGGAUAAUGCGACACAAAGGUUAUAUCAACUUCUUGAAGGGAAGAAUCCAAAACAGUUGUUCAGAACACAUGAAGGUCUUGAGCAGAUGUCUGAAGAGCUACAUCUAGAUAAAGUGUCACUACUUGAUCGUUUAACAGUAACUAAUGAAGAUCAAAUGUUACUUCUGUCAAAGAUGGAUGAGGGUGUAAUUGCCCUUCGUGAUUCUUUGUACCACAGUGGAGAAAGCAUCUGUCUGAGUAAUCAGGAACUGAAUGAACAAUUUCAGCGAUUGGAAUUCCAGCUAAACAAAUUAAAUCAGCUUAUUAUGGAUCUUCUUGCUGACAUAAAGGUUAAGAAGAAGCUUUUGGAAAAUAAUAAGCUACAGCAGGUGGAAAGAAAACUCUAUGUGUACUUUUUCAAAGAUGAAGCAUAUUUGAAGAAUGUUGUUGAAAAACUGAAACAACAAAUUACACCACCAUCUGUGUCUUGAAGAAAAAACUUUGAACUGAUAGGAUUUUAUACAAAUGAUUAAACUUUUGUAUUGAACGUUGAAAUGUAGUAAAUAACCAGGAAGCAUUGCUUCUGUAACAUCAGGUAGUCACAUAGGGCGAGCAAAGAACCAUGGAUUCUGCUAAGCACUUAAUUUGAAAAGUUCCCACAAAGUUUAUUUGGGACAGAAUAACCUUUGGGAAAUGUCAUCAUAUAAUAAACAGGAAAAGUAUUUUUGUAGCUGAUAUACACAGACUUUCUACAUGGCUAUCUGUGUUCAUUGUACAGUUUUAGAGAACGUAUGUUGUCAGGUUUCAGUUCACUUUACUGAAAGAACAACUCAAAAUUGUUGCAUUGGCCAUCCCUUUCCCUCCAGCCGAGAACUAACAGUUGCAUCAUUACAGCUUUAUGUUAUGAUAAAAUAUACCACAGGAUUAUUUCCAGUAUGCUUUUGGGUCUAAUGCUGGUCCAGAUUUCAGUCAAGCAUCAUCUGCUUAGCAUUUAACUCUGCUGAUACACAGUGCUAUGCUUUUUUACAGUCUUUCUCUCUCGGUGUUGUUAUGGUGUGUUGAAAUGCCCAUCACAACUUGAGCAUAGAUUAGGAAAAGCUGUUCCACAGACUGUGUGAUAGAGAAAUAUAGAAAUCCUGUAUUUCCUUAUUUAAUAAGGGCCCAGGCUGUGGCACAGGCUGGAGAGCAAGCCAGCUGCAACCAGCUGCAAUGAAUCACUCUGACCAGGAGGUCAUGAGUUCGAGGAGCCUAUGUUUGUCUUGUCUUUGUUCUAUGUUAAAAAGGCAUUGAAUGUUUGCCUAUAUGUGUAAUGUGAUCCGCCCUGAGUCCCCUUCGGGGUGAGAAGGGCGGAAUAUAAAUGCUGUAAAUAAAUAAAUAAAUAAGUCUUAAAGAAUUCAACUUGA